AUGGGCAAUCCACAAAAUAUCAACAACGCCACCUUCCAAGGUGCUGACAACAAUCCCGACGUUCAGAAUCUCAAUCCAGGCACACAAGGUGUUGACUUCAACGAGCCAAACUCAUCGGUCGUCAUUACAUUUACACCUGGCAUAACACCCAUCCUCAGCUCAGUUUCCGUUCCUCCGAACACAUCUAACGUCGACAGCAUCACUGUCAUCGUCAGAGGACCCGACGGAACAGUAUUUAUCAACGAAACCACACCAUCCGGAACCACAAUAGUCACUGCCACCUACACUCAACCUCUACCCGAAAACAGCACAGUUACUAUUACGUUCCACACACCAGAUGAUUCGCCUGCAGAAGGUGUCACAGUUUCUAUUAUUGCAUGCUACACGCCAUCGGAAGCCACGACAGUUAUAACAAGUGGAACAGUGCCACCAACUAUUUCUGGUUCAACUCCAUCCAUCACCAUCAGCAGUGUCAUAACGGGAACCACCCGAACACCAGCGACAGGCUUGACGUCAGUUAGUUUAGCCACGGGACCAGCAGCUACUACGACCACAGUUAUCUGCCCUCUUACAGAAGGUAUGUUUCUUUUUAAUGUAAAAAGACUUCGCUUUAUUGCGGCUGAAGGAGUUCUGCAAAAGUUCGGCAUCUAUCGAAGCGCUGAGAGGAAGAAGAGGCUAAGCGAAUUAGUACGCAAUCACCUUGCACCUGCUUAA